AUGGAAUUUGUUAAAUUGGAACAAGGGAAUAUGUCCGUAGCGGAGUAUGCUGCUAAGUUCGAGGAAUUAUCCAGGUACUUUCCACUCUAUGUUGGAGAGGCAAGAGAAAAUUCUAAGUGCAUCAAGUUUGAAAUGGGACUCAGUUUUUCAGCUAGAAAAGGAGCUAGUAGUGGUAACGGGAAAAGAAAUGGAAAUAGUUAUAGUUAUGGGAGUGGUAGAGGAAACCCCAAUGGUCGAGGAGUUAGUAACGGAAAUAGUAACAACAGGAGUCAAGUCUCGAGCAACAACAAUGGUAAUAAUGGUGAUCCAGCUACUCCUAUCCGAUGUCACAGGUGUGGUAAGCAGGGUCACAUGGAAUAUCAAUGUAGAGAUGCUGGAAUUACUUGUUUUAAUUGUCAACAACAAGGCCAUAUUAGCACCACAUGCCCCUACCCAAGGAAGACUCCACAACCUGGAAACCAGAGUUCCCAAUAUGAUUUGAUUGUGAAUACCCCAACUAGUGAUUAUGUUGAUACCUCUAGUGUUUGUCUUGACAUUUCUAUCCAUGUGUGUGGAAGGGACUUCCGAGUUGACUUAGUGUGUUUACCUUUGCGUCUGGUUGAUGUGAUUCUUGGUAUGGUUUGGCUAUCUGCCAACCGUGUCCAUGUAGAUUUUUUUAGUAAAACCAUUGAAUUCAUGGAGUCAGAAGAGAGGGAUAAGCCUAGCAAUAUAUCCGCCAACCAAGUGAAUGCAUUCUUGAAAGGAGAUGCCCAUUUACCACCAGAGCGUGAGAUUGAGUUUAGCAUUGACCUUGUACCAGGUACUGGACCCAUAUCCAUGGCAUCGUAUAGGAUGUCUCCCUUCGAAUUGUUUGAGCUUAAGAAGCAACCGGAAUAG